CAGCAUUGUUGAGCACGGGGAGCACAGGGGGUUGAGAGUCCUGAAUCAGCACCGCGGCUCCAAUUCCUUGACGUCGACGAGAUCCAGCAGUUGAGAUCUUGCCUACAACAACAUCCGCACCAUGUCGUCGACCAACGGCACGCCCGCAGCCAAUACAAGGCCAGGGCCAGGGUCUGCGCCAGCAAAGAAGCAGUUCAUCCUCAACGCCUUCGUCGAGACGUGCUCAGGACACCAGUCGCCGGGGCUGUGGAGGCACCCUGCGGACAAGUCGCACGAGUUCAACAAGCUGUCGCACUGGACGGAGCUCGCGCAGCUCCUGGAGCGCGGCAAGAUCCACGGCAUCUUCAUCGCGGACGUGCUGGGCGGCUACGACGUGUACCGGCAGUCGCUGGAUCCGGCCAUCCGCUCGGGCGCGCAGUGGCCGGUGCACGAGCCGCUGGCGUCGGUCCCGGCCAUGGCCGCCGUGACGCGGUCGAUCGGCUUCGGGGUGACGGUGUCGACGACGUACGAGCCGCCGUACCACCUGGCGCGGCGGCUGUCGACGCUGGACCACCUGACGCAGGGCCGACUGGGCUGGAACAUCGUGACGUCGUACCUGGACUCGGCGGCGCGCAACCUGGGGCUGGCCGCGCAGCCGCAGCACGACGACCGCUACGCCCAGGCCGACGAGUACAUCCAGGUCAUGUACAAGCUGUGGGAGUCGUCGUGGCGCGACGACGCCGUGCGCCUCGACCGCCAGGCCGGUGUGUACACGGACCCGGCGCGGGUGCGGCGCAUCGACCACCGGGGCCAGUUCUUCACGGUGCCCGGCCCGCACCUCUGCGCGCCGUCGCCGCAGCGCACGCCGCUGCUGCUGCAGGCCGGCACGAGCUCCAAGGGCCGGGCGUUCGCGGCGCGGCACGCCGAGGCCAUCUUCGUGUCGGCGCACGCGCCCGAGGCGUGCGCCGCGAGCAUUGCGGACGUGCGGCGCCUCGCCCGCGACACGUACGGCCGCGACCCGCGCGCCAUCAAGGUGCUCGCGCUGGUGACGCCCAUCCUGGGGCGGACCGAGGAGGAGGCGCGCGCCAAGUACGCCGACUACAAGCAGUACGCGGACCUGGAGGGGGCGCUGGCGCUGUUCGGCGGGUGGACGGGCAUCGACCUGGCUCGGUACGGCGAAGACGAGGAGCUGCGGUACGUUGAGAGCAACGCCGUGCGCGCCACGGUCGAGAGCUACGCGCGCUUCAGCCCCGGCGCCGCGGGCAAGUGGACGCGCCAGACCAUCGCCGAGCACGUCGCCAUCGGCGGCAACGGGCCCGUGCUGGUCGGCACGCCGGCCCAGGUCGCCGACGGGCUGCAGGCCUGGGUCGACAUCGCCGACGUCGACGGCUUCAACAUCGCCUACGCCGUCUUCCCCGCCAGCUUCGAGGACGUGGUCGACCUGCUGGUCCCCGAGCUGCGGGCCCGAGGCCUCUUCUGGGACGAUUAUGCCGUACCCGAGGGCACGUACCGGGAGAACUUUUACGGGCUGCAUGGGCAAAAGGGUCCGCCGGACGAGCACGUUGCGAGCCGGUAUAGAUGGAGAGAAGGGGUGAAGGCGGAGGACCACAAGAUCCCAGAAUAG